AUGACAACCUCUACUAUCCAACAACACAUGGAACAAACAUCAAUAGCAAAGGUUGAUAGGUUUAAAUGCUUAUGGACAGCUAAUAAACAUCAAAUAAGAAAACGUUGGCAUGAUGGUAUACUUCAUUUUCAUACUUUUAAUUUUCGAGCAAUGUUAUAUGAUGAAGCCAAUGUGCUGAUAGAUGAUCUUUUUAUUCCAAAACAACAUAUUGUAUCUGGAAAUGAAAUAGAAUUUGAUAAUUAUUUAGUUAUAAUUGAAGAUGCCUUAGAUGCUAUUUAUUCUGAUAUAUCAUCUUUAUAUGUACGCCAUCAAGAACGGAGAGCAAAAGAAACAGAAAAGCCAUCAAAAACACGAUACUUAAAAAAGCGUUCAAAAGAACAAACACAACCUGAUUCACCCUCUAUUAAUACUUCUUUGUAUACUCUUUCAAAAGAAACAAAAACAAAAACUCAAAAGCAUCUUGUUAGCUCUACAUGUACGACUUCAAAAAAAAAACAAAAAGAAACUAAAUUAUCAAUGAAACAAAAAGAUAUGUUAGAGCAUGAAGAAAAAGAUAAAGAGCAUAUAUAUGAGACGUUCAUAUCAGAUGAUGAAGCAUAUGAUUUAUUUUCUCAAUAA